AUGUCUACGCGUUGGUGCGUCGCGCGUGUCGGGUGUGUUGUACCGCCGUCGCGGUGUGUUGUGCAGUGCCGUGUACAGGGUGCCGAAGUGGCGGGUUUCCUUGCCGCAGGACGGGGGGCCCAUGCCCCCUUUCAUCAGCACCACAUUGGUAAAAGACGUGGCGAAGCAGGCGGCGCGAUGGCGUGCGCCGGCUGCGAGAAGCCGAUCCUGGAUAAGUUCCUGCUGCACGUGCUGGAGCGCGCGUGGCACGCGGCGUGCGUGCGCUGCGCCGACUGUCGCGCGCCGCUCGCCGACAAGUGCUACUCGAGGGACAACAAGCUCUUCUGUAGGAAUGAUUUCUUUAGGCGAUACGGAACAAAAUGUAGUGGUUGCGGCCACGGCAUCUCCCCGUCAGACCUCGUCCGCAAAGCGCGCGAGAAGGUGUUCCACCUCAACUGUUUCACGUGCCUCGUGUGUCGGAAACAGCUGUCCACCGGCGAAGAGCUCUACGUCUUGGACGACAACAAGUUUAUAUGCAAAGAGGAUUAUCUCGCCGGGAAGGCGCCGACACAGCAUUCGGAUUCGCUACUAGGCUCAGGGUCUGACGAGGAAGAGGAAGACGAGUCCAGAGCAGCCAAUAACUCCAGCAGUCCAGCUCAUGCACCGCAUCCCGCGUUACACUCCGAACUGUCACAUAAUGGGGACACCAAGCCGCAUGAUGACUCUGAAGAUCAGGGUUCGCUGGACGGGGACCCCGAGACCCGGGACUCGCAGGCAGAGAACAAGUCCCCGGACGAUGGCAAUGGGGGCUCCAAGCGACGGGGACCGAGGACCACGAUAAAGGCGAAGCAACUGGAGAUACUGAAGUCGGCUUUUUCGCAGACCCCAAAGCCGACGAGGCAUAUAAGAGAACAGCUGGCCAAGGAGACGGGGUUACCCAUGAGGGUGAUUCAGGUGUGGUUCCAAAACAAGCGAUCGAAAGAGCGUCGUCUGAAGCAGCUCACGUCGAUGGGGCGGGGCCCGUUUUUCGGGUCAUCCCGCAAGAUGCGAGGGUUCCCCAUGAACCUGUCCCCGGGGGGGCUGGAGGAAGGCCCGCCGGGGUUUCCCUACUUCGCGACGGCAGAUGGCAAGUUCGAGUUUGGCUAUGGCCCGCCGUUCCACCAUGAUGCGCCGUUCUUCCAUCCGCCGCCCGCCAUGCCCUUCAAUCAGCCAGGUCGUUUCGCAGGCGGCAUGGAGACUCUUCCCGGCGGGGAGUUUCCUGAGCAGUUCCCGCCUCCGGACCACCUCGUGCUUCCUCGGCCAUCUUCGCCGGAGUUCACGUUCGGCGACGGGCCGCCCCCCCUGCAUCCGGAGGGGCUGGUCUGGUAGCUCAAGCCGGAGCCGCGGGACUUCCACGACUGAUGCGGCUCGACAGGCUUCAAAGUGGACUUUAGCAGUGUUAUUAACUAACGCUCGCGUUAACGAACAUAUUAAAAGACGCAGUGUUUAUGUGAUUUUAGUUUCUGUGUACGUUAAGCUGUUUCCCGCUUGCUUCGAAUCCAGGUUAGAUUUUGAUAUCAUUGCAGUUCCGCGGAACUAGUUUGUUUUCUGUUGCAGUGAUUUGGUGCUACAAAGAUUGAUUUGUCGAUGUUUUCUCGGUUAAUUGACUUGUUUUGAUAGAUAUUUAAACUGGUGUUAUUAGGAUGACUGGUUUAUUAUCAGGAUAUAAUUUUGUUUACUCUGAAAUGACCUUAUCAAUCGAUAGGUCACUAUGAUAUUUGAUAUAUCAACUUGUUUUUUGCCGGAGAAUAUUGUAGAACCGCUAUUGAGACUAAUUCAGAUUAGUUACGCAUUAAAUCAUGGUAAAUAAAUCUUUGCUUUUAUAUCCUUUUAGUUACAAUUUAAUUAUUAAUAUUACAAUCUAUUUGUGAAUAAGGCAGGCACUGUGAAUAUUAAGAAUAUUAUGUACAGAUAGCUAUUGUAAUAGAUAAUUUAUUAAGUAUAAUAGAAAGAAUAAUUUAUUUACAAUGGGUUUCAUAAGCAUAAUUUAUAUAAGAGUAAUUUUGGUUCCUAUACUAAGAUAGACACACUUUGAGCAUUUUUUGUAUAUUUAUUAUUAAUACCCUCUCCGUUACUUAAGUACAAUCGUUUUUAGAGUAACGUUCAUAUUGUAAAUAAUUGAUUUGUAUAUAUAAAUGUACUAUCUAAGCUAAUAUGUACUUAAUUAGGUACUUAAUGUAAGUAUAUAGUAUUGUAUGUUUAGCUAACCAUUAUAGUUUUGUUUCAACAUUUAAAAUACAACAAUUAAAAGUUUCACCUAAUUUACUUUUACCUUUUCGAUUACUGAACAGAUUAUCCCCGUCAAAUAGCUUUACCUCAUUGAAGUUAGCUGUGAGUACUAAUAAGACUUUACGAUAGCCCAAAUGUACAAACAAACAUUACCUAUUGCGCAAGCGCGAGGCGUUAAAUGACUAACUUCAGGAGGGCAAUUUUAUUUGAGAGGAACUGUAUAUAUAGUUAUCUUUUUUUAUUUAAUGAAACUUUUGGAAAAUACUAAUUUAUAUUUGAGUUCGCAUACUUUUUAAUUCCUCAAGUUAUUUCAAAAGAACUUUUAAGUUGUUGUCUAAAAAGGUCUGAUAAAGAGCCUAAUUAGAAUCAGUAUUUUUUUUUUGUUUCAAAUUUGCUAUUUCAUGAAGAAAACUGUAAAUGGCAUACAGAAAGUAUUUUUCGAAAAAAAUUCAAAUAAAUAUAUUUAAGCGAACAUUAUGUUUUUAAUUGUGUUUGGAGUCACAAAUUUUCUAAAGUAAGUUACAAAAUAAAUAAAAACGUUUGUAAAUCGUAGAUAAAAGAACAGCAUUUAACUAAAAAUGUAUUUCAGUUUUUACAUAAAUGCCAAGAACUAUUAUUUUAUUUUGACGACGAAUUUUAUGCAGUGAACAAUAAAAUUGACGAUUUAAACAAAACCUAUUCGAAAAAAUUAAACACAUAAAAGUAUAAACCUUAACCAAUAUCAAAGGUGCUGUAUAUGAAUCUCAAAGUUUAAAAACUAAAUGAGUCACCAAUUUUCAAUUGUUUUUUUUCAUAAUUCAAUUUUGACUCCAAACAUAAUAAGAAUGAUAUUUAAAAACAGGCUCACUGGCAACUACAUAAUAUGUAUGUAUUAUAAUCUAAGUGUUAAUAUUUGGUACGUACUGUUAUAUAUCGUAUUUAGCACAUAACAAAAAUAUAAUGGAAUUGUCUUUAAGAAUAAAAUCUAUUCGAAAA